GCAGCCCACUACAUGCAAGUGAGUUCCACCGGUCACCCCUGCCGUCCUGCGGGUCCCUCAGGGGGUUCCCCUGGGCAGAGCUGGGGGACGAGAGGGGGCUCCUGGACUUUCUCUAAGGACACACGCAGGCAGCCCUGGCCGGUGUGGCUCAGUGGACAGAGUGCCAGCCUGCGGACGGAAGGCUCCCAGGUUCCAUCCUGGUCAAGGGCACGUGGGCGGGUUGCGGGCUGGAUCCCAGGGGGUGUGAUUCUCUCUCAUUGCGGUGUUUCUAGCUCUCUCUCCUUCCUAUCGUCUCCAAAUUCAAUAAUAAUACAUCUUUAAUAAAAAUAACAAAGACACACACAGGACCUCCACACACAGCCCUCCCCACGUGGGCAUCUGGUCCCACUGAGGGGAAGGGGGGCCACUGCAGAGGGGGGGCUGAGUGCGUGGUGGGGGACCGUCCCCUGGAGCUGGGGAGGGAGUGGCCCACAUGGGAGGGAACUAGAGCAGAGGCGGGGCUCAGGCAGCAAUAAAAGGUGGGAGCGCCUUGGCAGCAGGACCCGGGAUGCCGCUACAGCCCGGAGCAGCCGCUGCCAUGGGAACCGUGGUCCUGGCCCUCGUCCUCCUGGGCACUGCAGCCGCCACGGAGGACAGCUGUCCAGAAGUGAAGGUGCUGGGGCUGGAGGCCAACAAGCUCACCAUCGUCCGGGGCUGCCCAGGGCUGCCUGGGGCCCAGGGACCCAAGGGAGAGGCAGGAACCCAUGGCAGGAGAGGAGACCCUGGCCCAUCCGGAGUCCCUGGGAAUGCGGGACUCCCCGGACCCAAAGGAGACCCAGGGGAGAAGGGCGCGCGGGGAGAGAAAGGUGAGGCCCUCCCGCCCUCCAGGGGUGGCUUCCGGACCCUGAGCACAAGGGGGUUCCCAGGGUGCGGGGCAGGGGCUGGGUGGAGAGCAGGCCUUCCCUCUACGGGAGGGUGUGGAGGGCGGGUGGGACCACACUCCUCCCGGAGCCCGUGCAGCCCAUCCCUCCCGUCCGGCCUCGGACCCCUGAGCAGGGCCGGCCUGUCCUCCCGGGGCUCCGCCUGGGGCUCCAGGAAGUUGGGCAGCGAUUCAAACACAACGUGGUCCAGAGGCUGUGAGCCACGCUGCGGGCACAGGCGAUGAGCA